AAAGUAAUGUGACCUUGGCUCAGCGUCUCGCAUGUUCGUGGUAAAUGAUGAGCAUCAAUAGCUAGACAAUGACUUCGCAAUGAUGUACGCAUUGAGACUAGGCCUACUCAUUAUUUUAAUAUAUUAUGGUCCAAUAGCUUCCUUGGAUAGUGAAAAAAGGAGAUUAACAGCACACAUUGGAGAGACUGUUGUUUUUCAACCUGAAAUCCCUAAUCUGCAGACUGAUGAUCAGUUUCUGUGGAGGUUUCAUUCAAACAGCAGACCUGAAAAGUCAAUUAUCGUUCAGAGCCAGGUGUUAAAAGAUGAAGUUCAUACAGAAUAUAAAGGGAGAUUCAAAGGCAACCUCAUGCUGGACAGAAACACUGGCUCUCUCACUAUCAGAAACAUCACCACCAGCCAAUCUGGAGUAUACCACCUUCAAAUAAUGGGUGAUGAAAGUGUCUCAGAUUGGUAUGUUAACUGUUCUGUGUAUGCUCCUGUCUCAGCACCCAUCAUCAGUAGAGGAGAUUCUCACCCCAACACAAGGACCAUCACUGGGGCCGUUAGACACGCUCUGUCAGGGCCGGAAUCCCAGUCCAGCUCCAGCUGUCAGGUGCUGUGUUCUAUGAAGAAUGACAGAGAGGUGUCCCUGUCCUGGUUCAGAGGGAAUGACAUUCUCAACAAAACAAGCAGUCCUGAUGCCAGCAUCACCCUGUCCCUCCCUCUGGAUAUAGAUGACCAGGAGGACACGGUCACUUACAGAUGUGUGUCUGCUAAUCCUGUCAGCAAUUACACCACUCACCUCGACAUCCCUACAGUGUGUCCUUAUAAGAAUCAAAAAGGUCCUUCAAACCGCAAACUGUGGUAUCUUUUAGUACCAUUCAGCCUUUGUGUUACAAGUGCAAUUGUGGCCUUAACAAUAUAUUUGAAGAGGAAAAAAGAAGAUAAUAAUAGUCCAGAUCAGACACCUGAAGAUCCACACUAUGCUGAUUUGAAACACCGUGGACGUACAAAGGAUGUCAGGAAACAGGAGACAGAACAGAAAUGUGAAACAAUAUAUGCAGGUGUUGUGACAUGAGAUUCAUGUAUUGUACAUGUGUUUUGUUAUCUUUGAAAUAUCAAUAAAUUAUUAAUUAUCUGUG